CGCCACAAUGUUCUGGUCAGCGCUGCUGGAGUAGUGGUAAAACGUGCAGGACUUGGAUUUAAUCCCAACGACCUCGGGAAAGGGGUCUUUGGGCGCCGUCUGAACUUCUGGAACUUGUCCUGCCGCACCCUCACGCAGUGCUUUGACCUGGGGGAGGAUUCCCUGCCUCAGUCUGUUAAAUUCCUGCACAACCCCGAUGCUGCUGAGGGAUACGUCAGCUGCUCCCUGAGCGGUGUCAUCUACCGCUUCUACAAGUGCAAGAGAGACAACUGGGCAGUAGAGGAGGUGAUUCGGAUCCCGGCCAAGAACGUGACAGGAUGGAUCUUGCCCAAAAUGCCAGCCUUCACAACUGACCUCAUCAUCUCAAUGGAUGACCGGUACAUGUACAUCUGCAACCGGCUGCAUGGAGACAUCCGCCAGUAUGAGCUCUCCAGAAACUGCAAGCCCAGGCUGGUGGGACAGGUGUUUGUGGGAGGCAGCAUCCUCAGAGGUGGACCUGUGAUCGUGUCUAGAGACGAAGAGUUGAAGUGCCAGCCAGAUCCCUUGGUGAUCAAG